AUGUACGCCACGCGGGCUCUGCGGAUGUUCCGCCCCACGACUCGCAUGAUGCGGCCGGUGCCGAAGGAGGAGCAAUCUGCGCACACUGUUUCGCAGCGUCUCCGCCGUCUCAAGCGGGUUCCGCCUGAGUUGUGGCCCCUCGGUAUCGUCGUCGCCUUCGCCGUCUCGGCCGCCGUUUACUCGAGCCUCCGCCACUUCAUGGUCGACAAGACCAUCCGCCUCAAGAGGCAAAACCGUGCCGCCGAUGCGCACCAUGGAGCCCAUCAUGAGGAGCACCAGGAGGGUCACCAGGAGGAGAAGCACUAA